CGAGUUGGAAGGAAACGCUCCAAAGCCCCGGAUUUCGAUUCCUUUCUCAAACCCGCAAGAGAUCCACGCCCACAGAUGGCCGCGGACAUGGCCGGCGCCGGAGCGCCACCGCCCGCUGAUCCCGGCGGCGUCCGCAUGACCUGGAACGCAUGGCCGCGCUCCAAAGUCGAGGCCUCCAAGUGCGUCGUCCCCCUCGCCGCCACGAUCUCCCCGAUAUACCCAAUCUCCGACGACUUCGUCCUUCCUUACCCUCCGCUCCGCUGCAAGCCCCCCUGCUUCGCCGUCCUCAACCCCUUCUGCAGCGUCGACUUCAUCAAUCGGAUCUGGACCUGCCCCUUCUGCUUCUCCCGCAACCUCUUUCCACCCCACUACGACGGCAUCUCCGAAUCCAACGUUCCCGGUGAGCUCUACCCUCAGCUAUCCACCGUCGAGUACGCGCCUCCCCCCGCCCCCCACUCUCUGCCGCCGCCACCCCCCGUCUUCUUCUUCGUUCUCGACACUUGCCUUAUCGAAGAGGAGCUCGAAUUCCUCAAGUCCUCCAUGCGCCGUGCACUCGCAGUGUUGCCUGAGAACGCACUCGUCGGGCUCAUCACGUUUGGCACGCAGGCGCAUUUGCACGAGUUGGGCUGCACUGAUAUUUCCAAAGUUUUUGUCUUUCGGGGAACGAAGGAGAUCACAAAGGAACAGAUUUUGGACCAGCUCGGGUUGUCUGGGCAUCGGGGCCAGCCGAAGGGAGUGACCCCGCAGCCCAAUGGAUUGCCGCAACGUGCUGGAUCAGUUAAUAGGUUUUUACUCCCGGCCUCAGAAUGCAAUUAUCCACUCAAUGCGUUGUUAGAUGAGUUGCAGAGUGAUCAGUGGCCGGUUGAGAUGGGGAACCGCCCAACUAGGUGCACUGCUGUAGCUUUGAGUGUUGCAGCCGGCUUGUUGGGUGCCUGCUUGCCUGGGACAGGGGCACGCAUCAUAGCUUUGGUUGGGGGGCCGUGUACUGAAGGCCCUGGAAUGAUUGUUUCUAAAGAACUGUCAGAACCAUUGCGCUCCCAUAAAGAUCUUGAUAAGGAUGCAAGUCCGCAUUUUCACAAAGCUGUAAAAUUUUAUGAAAAUCUUGCGAACCAGCUGGUGGACCAGGGUCACGUGCUAGAUGUUUUUGCCGCUUCCCUUGAUCAGGUUGGAAUUGCUGAAAUGAAAGUUGCCGUUGAGAGGACUGGUGGUCUAGUUGUCCUGGCUGAAAGUUUUGGACAUCCAAUUUUGAAGGACUCCUUUACGCGUAUUUUUUAUGGUGGUGAACAGUCUCUUGGCCUUUCCUUCAAUGGCACGCUCAAUAUUAACUGUUCAAAGGACAUAAAAAUUCAGGGAAUAAUUGGGCCCUGUACAUCUAUGCAAAAGAAAGGAGCUCUUUGUGCUGAUACAGUUAUAGGACAAGGACAUACGACAGCAUGGAAAAUGUGUGGCCUUGAUAGGAGUACUUGUUUGACGGUCUUUUUUGAUUUAUCACCUAGCGAACGCUCAAAUCAACAGGGAACCACACAUGAACAACUGUACAUUCAGUUCGUAACAAACUAUCAAAAUGCUGAGGGUCAGAUGAGAAUCAGGGUUACAACCAUCACUAGGAAAUGGUUGGACAUCUCUACCAAUGCAGAGGAAUUGGUUGAAGGGUUUGACCAAGAAACUGCAGCUGUUGUACUGGCAAGAUACAUUUCUCUGAAAAUGGAAAUGGAGGAAGAGUUUGAUGCAACACGAUGGCUGGAUCGAUCCCUAAUCCGACUUUGUUCAAGAUUUGGAGAUUAUAGGAAAGAUGAUCCUAGUUCAUUUACAAUAAAUCCUAAUUUCUCAAUAUUUCCGCAAUUUGUGUUUAAUCUCAGACGAUCACAGUUUGUACAGGUUUUCAACAAUAGUCCUGAUGAAACUGCUUAUUUCCGGAUGCUUUUGAACCGUGAAAGUGUUACCAACUCUGUUGUGAUGAUCCAGCCUUCAUUGCUUUCAUAUUCUUUUAGCACAACUCCAACACCUGCACUAUUGGAUGUGGCUUCUGUAGCUGCAGAUCGUAUUCUUCUCCUAGAUGCAUAUUUUAGCAUUGUGAUUUUUCAUGGAAUGACAAUUGCUCAUUGGAAGAAUAUGGGUUAUCAGAAUCAGCCAGAGCAUCAGGCCUUUGCUCAGCUACUGCAAGCUCCACAAGAUGAUGCCAAGAUGAUCAUCAAAGAUCGAUUUCCUGUCCCUAGAUUAGUUAUAUGUGAUCAACAUGGUUCUCAGGCAAGGUUUUUGUUGGCUAAGCUGAACCCUUCAGCUACCUAUAAUUCUGCGCGUGAGGUCACUCCAGGCUCAGAUGUUAUUUUCACUGAUGAUGUGAGCCUUCAAGUAUUCUGUGAGCAUCUCCAGAGGCUUGCUGUGCAGUCAUGACAACCUGUACAUGCAUCUUGUGUAUCCUUACUUGAUAUGGUCUUGGGGAAGCCUCCGUAACGCCACAUUUGAUUUUGAUACCAAAGCCAUGCCGGCUAUUAAUCAAGAUCGAAGAACAUCCCCUUUUGUUUGACCACUCGUGUGGGGAGUGUGACGGUUGUGAACCGUGAUUGUGCAAAUAGUACCACAAAAUUGUUCUUUUGUAAGUUCAGUAGUCUUGUUGGCAAUAGAGAUUUAGAUAGAAUACAUGUGUGCAGGUACAUUUUAAUGUGAGAUUCAGGAAUUUUGUGUGCUUAGAAGAUGAUAGAUAUAGGAUUUGUCAGAUAAAACUUUUUGUUGAGAAAAUACAUGUUUGCAAUCUUCAGACUACAUAAAAUGCUUCUCAUUAUGCUUCUUUA